AUGUCUUCAGCACAAAGCCCUGAUACAUCUCGUUCUUCGGAUAAGUUUCAGCUGCAGAGGCUGGCCGAAGAGCUUGUAACACGCGAGCUUACCUCUUCUGCAUCCCGCACCAACGGUCAUCUCGACGGACUCUCUAGAGCCGAACGCGACCUCCCCGUCUACGUCCCUUUGUCGCACGACAACCCUUACUUGUCCAUCGGGUCUUUCAAUGUCGAAGAGUUCUUGCUGUCACGUUCUUACACAUCCCUCCCUGAUCUGCGGUUGGAGCUGCGGGACUACCUCGUUGCAUUGAAGGAAGAACUCGUGAAGCUCAUCAACGAUGACUACGAGGCUUUCAUCAGUCUCAGCACUGAUUUGAGGGGCGAGGGUGCUAGACUGGAGCGUAUGAAAUGGCCCCUAGGUGACCUCAAGGUUCAAGUACUUGAAGCUAGAGGGACCUUACAGUCGAUACAGGAUGCCAUUCAAUCCAAGCUGAGAAAACGCUCGGCUCUCAGAGAAGAAAAGACGUUUCUGCAUCUGCUUCUCAAGAUAUCAGAGUCCAUAACGCGCCUAGAGUCGCUCUUGCUCAUUGCCUCACCAUCCGACGAAGAUAAAUUCUCGUCCGGUCUGAAGGCAUCAUCUCACAUUGAGGACGUCACCGCAGAUGAAAGAAAUCGUGGUAACCGUGCCAAGCACCUUGCUCGUGUCGCAGUGGAGUAUACACAACUACUCUAUCACGUCUCUAGAGCGCGUGACGAAGGCAGCGCCUUCGUAGACGAAUCACAGUGGCGUAUUGACCGGAUCCAUUCCACUUUGUCUUCUGACCUCGACCAUAUCUUUGCAAGCACAGUAAAAUCUCUCGCAACUGGAAAGCAGCAAGGCAAGGAGACAAGGGCGUCAGAGAUUGAACGUUCGAAAUGGCUUGCUGAUGCUACCGAGUGCCUGCGAACUUACGAUACUCUCGGGCUGUGGCGGGAUGCGGAAGACGUUCUCCGCAGAGAAGUGGUGCGCGAGUUCGUCAAAAAGACAGUCCAUCCGACUGCCCUUGCAGCCCCUCACUCUCCCAUCCUCCCCCAUACGCCCUUCGCGCCCAACAUCCUCUCUCCCGCCCCACCACUGACUGCGUCACAUCCGCCCCGCACACCCUACACACCUUUCACUGCAUUCGCUUCCAAGCAGAAUCCUUUUGAACUCAACCUGCAAGCAGGCGCCCAGUCUGCCGUCGCAGCGCAUAUCCUCGACGACCAUGAUGAUCCCCUUGCUGCACUCUACAACACCAUUUUACGCUUCGUAGAUCGCGACCUAAAACGGAUCAUGGAGAUCGCAGAGAAUGUAUGUGUGAAAUCGGGGUCGCGCGCGUCCGCAUCUGUACCAUCGGUUCCUCCAAAGGCAGGCGCGACGAAACCUUCCGCCGACGAUACUGGCUUCGAAGUUAUGGCGAACGUGGUGUGGGCAGAGAUUGGCCGCGCGAUCAUGGACGAGCUAGGCGGUACGGUGUUUGCUGCUGGCAAGCCGGACGAGUUCCGCAAGCACCACGAAGUUACGCAAGCUUUCAUACGUUCGCUCGAGUUCCUGGCGCCAUCCGUCCAUUCCGUCGAGGUUAUGCGAGCGCACCCUGUGUUUGCCACCUUCGAGCGGCGAUGGCAGCUUCCUGUGUAUUUUCAGUUGCGGUGGAAGGAGAUCGUCACGAAGCUCGAAGAUGCUCUGUCCGUUACUAUUCUAGAGCGAUCGACCAACAAGAUGCUGGGGCCGUUUGUCACGGUGCAAGCUGCAGCAGUCUGGGAGGCUAUCAAUACGUGCUGGAGCGCACAGGUCUUUAUUCCAGAGCUCGGUCAUCGGUAUUGGAAAUUCACUCUCCAGCUGCUAAGCAGGUACAAAACGUGGUUGGAUGCCAGUCUUCCACAAUUUGAGGCUCCUCCGAAAAUCGCAGCAGCCGUGGCUGCAGAAAAAUAUAGUACAAUACCAGGUUCCCCUGCUUCACUAUCGCGCGCCGCCACUCCAAGUCUACCGACUGAAGCGGCUUCCGCGGAGGCCACUGCAGCCGACGAAUUAUUGCUCCAGCAGUUCUCAACGGCUAUUAUCGACAUCAGAGCACUAGAAGCACAGAUGAUCAAGCUGUGGCGGGAGGAGCUGAGCAUGAUGCUUCCAGAGCUUGAUCUGGGUCCUGAAGAUGAUAUCAUGCCCGGAGAUGCGCUCAAGCAUGCGCUGUCGACAAUCGCCGCUCUUGUGCCACCAUCAUCAGGUCAAAUCAUUGCCAUUCUAUCGCGGCGGGGUUGCGAUGCGCUCCUGUCCAUGCGUUCCAUUCCUUCGCAAUUUAGAGCCAUGUCAUCGAAUAAGCGCACACCAUCUGAGCCAAGUUACUUUGUGUCGCUCAUAUUCCGCCCUGUCAAAGGAUUUUUCGAGGGACUAGGGCUGGCACUGAAAGACGAGUUUUUGCAGGCAUAUGCCGAGGAGGUUUUCGAGAUUGUGACGCAGAGGUAUAUCCACUUCUUAUCGGCUAUGAAAAAGACGGAAGAAUCCCUGCGGCGCCUGAAAAAGGGCAAGAAGUCAGCAUUUUCUCUGUUCGGAGGCUCGCAACCAGCGAAGGAAGACGAUGGCAGGGCAGACGAGGAGAAAAUACGCGCGCAGAUGACGCUGGACGUUGAAGCUUUUGGUAAGGAUGCGGAGGCAUUAGGAGUGGCUGUAGAACAGAGCGAGGCCUUCACGUUGCUGAAGGACAUGGCAAGCGCAAAUCUGACAGACGGUAUGUCCUCCGUAAUGAUGGAGCAGCCACAUAAUUUACAUUCACCGACGUGA